CGCCGUUCUUCCCGACAGCGCCAGGGGAGAGAAAUGCAAUAACACGCAACAUGGUUCAGUUCGGGCUGAACCACGCGGGGGGAAUCGAGCGGCUGUCGGAAGAGGAGGCAGCUGCAAAGGAUGAAGAGAGCAGAGAUGAAGAAAGGCCGGCUAUCGUGAAGAGCCGUUCUGAUCCAACGCCAACGAAGAGUCAAGACCGGGAGACCGAGGAGACGAUCACUAGUGAGGCUCUAGACACCGUCCGAGAGUCGACGUUCCCCAAGUUUAUGAGCACAUCGCGCGUUCGAAAUGCGACUCCACGGCAAUCGCUCAGCAUCAGCGUUCACCGAGACUCUUCUACUUCCUCAAGACAUAGCUCGACCUUUACGAACCCGAGGCCUAGCCUACCUUCUUCAAUAACUUCCGGUAGCAUAACAGCCGAUGUACCAACAGAUCCCAGUCUCAAGGCUACGGAGACGGGACGGCGGGAGUCGGGAAGGCGGCCGUCGAUACUGACACGCAUCCGGUCGUCGAUCAGCACGUCGGGUUCAAUGUCGGCGCGAAGACCUUUGAUACAUCCUUCAGAUUUCCAACUGCCUCCUGAAGAGCCCGAGAAACACUUUAUCGAUUCGAUCGGAAUGGUGAUACCUGGCGUCUGCAACCGCAAUCAGUGCGCUCACCCAUUAGCGCACUUCAUCACGAAUUGGAGGCUGUGCGAGCCGAUCGAGUAUACUACAGCAUUAGCAGACCAUGGCAUUACGUAUACCGACUACUGUCGAUUGAUCGCCGCGCUCGCAAAUUUCCUCGACGAGAUACCGAACGAGACGAAGACCAGGACGAGUUCGGUCAUUCCAAGAUGGCACCCGAAAGGAUGGCACGCAUCCUAUGAGGACACGAUGGGAGCUCAUAAAGAUCACAAGUCGCAACCUUUCCCGUCUAGAAACUAUUCCGUCGCCGAAUCGGCAGAGCAUUAUAAAAGGGCGGAGCAUCAAGCUGUGAGCCUGAAUAGGCUGCUGGAGGAGAUCAGCUGGAACUGGCAGGCGCGAGGCCUGCCGGUGAUGGUGUGCAUCAGCUCUUUCUCUUUAUUCGCUCCCAAUCGCAUCUCGGAGUCGUACAUCCAGAUCUUGCAUGUUUCGCUGCAACCCCCCACUCCACCGGAGACCUUUGCCGCCCCUGGGACAGCACAGUGCCUGUCGUUUAUCGAUCCUUUUGCCAUCAGUAAGUUUGAAGAUCACUGUGUCUCAAUGCCGCGUCGCAAGCGGAGUAGCGUGACGCCGCCAUCACCACUCUCGCCGGUUGCCAAUGGCGGCUUCCUACAUCACCACCAGCAGGUGCAGCUACGCGAUCGAACCCGACCAUGGCCUCUCUGGCCGAACGCCAUUCCUUCACGCAAGCGAGAGCUGAUGAAUGACCAUGCCGACCGCUACGGCGUCGACCCAUACUUCCGAGCCUGGAUGCGAGCCAAUAUCAACUCGCGCACUAGAAGUACGUCGUACGCGAAAUACAUGAUCGAACGGGAGGACGAUCCUUUCAUCAACACGAGGCUAGAGUACGUCAACCCGCCGUCAAGGGCAGCUCUCUUGUGGGGGCUACUCACCAAAGGACCCAAAAAAUGGAGGGAGCAGUAUCCAAGCAUUAUGAACAGAGACAGCUACGAGCAUAAUCGAAGGCUAGAGUGCCGCAAGACUGUUGAAAACGGAUCCAGACUGAGAAUAGUCGGCUUCGGCUUCCGCCAUCCCAUCUACCCGCCCCAUACUCCAGAGAUGGACGAGCUCGGCCUCGCAAAGGAGACCUACCAAACCAUUAUUAACACGAUCGAGCACAUCCGCCAGCAUUACAAAUCGAAUGCGGGCGAGGAGUGCGUUCCGCGUCUGCUCGCUUCGUGGCACAAGCUCCGCCGCAGAAGCACCGAAGACGCCUUGACCAGAGUCAGCGAAUAUAUCAGGCAGGUCAAUGCUUCGCAGCGACAUGUCGUAUGGACCAUCGAGAAGAUCCCCGGCGUUUAUGACCGCGGGCUCGGUCGAGAUAAGAAGGAGUGGGAGAUCAGUGCGUGGAACGGAGAAGACCCGCUCGAAUUGCUCAUACAGUUGGAGAGAUGGGGCAUCAUUGAGAAAAGGCUGAACAUU